UACCGUGCGCAGCAUCGUCACUUCCGGGUUGCAGGUCAGACAGGCUGCUGAUUCACACAACGAAGGGAAACCACGUCCCGUAUUUAUUCUAUUUAAACAUGUCUCUGUGAUAAACAGGGGACAUUUAGCGACGGCGUUUUUUGGGAGGUUACCAUGGUCCCAUCGGACUUUAAAGCCCUGAUCCAGAGGUUUUACCACCUUCAGUCUGAGCGGGUGGAGACGUAUCAGCUCUUUGAUGAAGGACAUGAGGCCUACUUGAGGACGGGGCCCCACUAUGACUUUGACCACUACAAGCAGCUGGUCCAUGAGAUAACACAGGCCUUCUGCGGCAUCUCCAAGGAAAUGCUGGAGAUCAAAGAGAAGCUGCACCACCAGUUUGACAGGCCGGCGCUUUCUGAGCACAUUGAGAAGCUGCAGAGCAAAGAGAAGCACAAACUAGAACUGACAGCCAGGCUGGAGCUGGCCCGGCGACGCGCCCAGGAUCACCCGGGAGGACGAGCGCUGUCAGGAAACAUUCAGGAGAUCAAGCACGAGAUCAUCAAGAACAAAGAGGCCCUGAGUGAAGUCUUGCAGGACUUUAAGUACGACUCUGAGGAGUUUGAUUGACAGGUGGCUCCCAGGAGGCGGAGAAGACGGAUCGGCUCUGCUCUGCUGCAACUUCCAUCUUUGACUCGUCAGCUGCACUCAUCGAUCCCUCCCUGGCUCCGCCCUGCUCGCUGCAGCAGUCCUCCUCCACCCAGGGGACGCGUCACAUUCUGGCUGUGUGUGUAUCUAUUCAUGUGUUUCUGUUAAUGCAUAACUCGGCAGAAAAAAAAGAGAGACAUGUAAAUACUCUGGAGGUUCCAUAAUUCCUGGUCGUUCAAGCCCAUAUCUUUGUUUACUGGAUGAGUUUUAUUUAACACAAAAUAAAAUGAAGUUUGACUUUUUAA